ACUACAGUUUUAUGGGAGAUUGGAGGUGGGGUUUAUGUACCUAGACGAGAUUGAGAUUUAAAAAAAUGAAAUGAAAUCUGAAGCUGAAAGUUGUAGUUGAUAAAGAGUGUGUAAAAUACAGUUUGUUAAUUUUUGUUGUUUAACAUGACGUUAUUAAGAAUUGAUUCAUUCAUUAAGUAUUAUUUAUAUUGAGUUAAGAAUAUCUAUUUUUAUAACCUAAAUCACCGAUUGCAAGUAAAUGAAGAGGUGACAAGCGCUGCCUCGUUAGUUAAUUUAAUUUCAAUGCUACAAAUAAGUACCUAAUAAUUUAUCAUACUGUGAUGAUGUAUUAAGAUGAUAUAAUCGGUGUUACUGCUUGGUAUAUCAUAGUUUAAACACGGAGUCGUUGUCUGUGAUACAAAAUCAGUUGAUAUAAUUAGUUGCUAGGGGCCUAUUCCAAAGAUGGAGAGUGUGUAUUCCUGGUAUAGAGAUCUGUUAGACAACAGAAGUGAUCCUCGUGUGAAAGAUUGGCCGAUGAUGUCUUCCCCAUGGCCCACAUUAGCCGCGUGCCUAUGUUAUGCGUUCUGCGCUAAGAAACUGGGCCCGUCGCUGAUGGCUAACCGCAAGCCGUUCGAAUUGAGAAAUACCCUUGUAAUAUACAAUUUAGCGCAGACAAUAUUCAGUGCGUGGAUAUUUUAUGAGUAUAUGGCAAGUGGAUGGUGGGGCCAUUACGACUUCAGGUGUCAACUCGUCGAUUAUUCUCGGAGUCCAAGAGCCAUGAGGAUGGCGAACACAUGCUGGUGGUACUACUUCAGCAAGUUCACGGAGUUCUUCGACACGCUGUUCUUCGUGCUGCGCAAGAAGAACGAGCACGUGUCGACGUUGCACGUGAUACACCACGGCAUCAUGCCGAUGUCCGUGUGGUUCGGAUUGAAGUUUGCACCAGGUGGCCACAGUACAUUCUUCGCACUAUUGAACACGUUCGUGCAUAUUGUUAUGUAUUUCUACUACAUGGUAUCGGCAAUGGGACCGAGGUACCAGAAGUAUAUCUGGUGGAAGAAAUACCUCACUGCCUUCCAAAUGGUGCAAUUCGUGCUGAUCUUCAGCCACCAGCUGCAGGUGCUGUUCCGGCCGUCGUGCCAGUACCCGCGCGUGUUCGUGUACUGGAUCGCGAUGCACGGCUUCCUGUUCCUGUUCCUCUUCACGGACUUCUACAAGGCGCGAUACAACAAGGGCGAGAGGAAGGCCAGGAUGAACAUGGGGCUGUGUAUGACGGUGAUGGACGAAAGUUCGCUGAACGGCAAGAACGGGUACAAGCAGGAGGACUCGAGCGUGCCCAACUCGUACGCGUCGUCCGCCGCCGACGCGUUCGUGCGGCGGCGGCCCGUCUCCUAAACGCGUAGCUUUAAUACGAUUACUUACAGUUGCGAUGCCUGUUCUACGGUCGCGCCUUUCUUUAGGUAGAUACAGACACAAGAUUGUUUUGUGUGUUCAAUUUAAAUAGGUAAAUAAAUCGAAAAAUUCGUCAAUCUUCUACGCUACAGAGCGUGCCAAAGAUAUUUACAUCGAUACAUUUUUUGGAAGAAUAUGAACCUCUUUCUGGCGCGGUUGGAUAAUAAUCAUUUAUUCCCAAUCCUUAAUUGCAUUUGAAUUGUUUACAGGGAGACAGACGUAUGUUAUUGUGUGUUUGUAUCUGCGUAAAUAAAACGUGUGACUCCGUGUAACUGUGACGGAUGUGCGAGCCGGUUUCGAGCGUUUGACGCACUUGCAAGUUAUAGCGGGGCUGUCAAUUUUCAAAGUCUAUUUAUUUCGUUUUCUCACAACGACUCGAGACGACGUCGAUCGCACAUCUCCAAUGAAAUACAAAAUGUAUGCGUGUUCAGCUAUGAGAGGGUUCGAUUGUAGUAGUUGAAGUCAACCAAAUAUUAAGGUAUUGUACAUAUACGUGGAACGCGAUUCUCGCAGCCGACCGAGCUCCGUGGAAUGCAUUGAGUUACUAUGUAUUACGUACUAGAGAGGACAUCGCUACUACACUAUUUGUAACACGAGUUAGAGGCAAUCGUCUCAAACCCAUUUUUUUUUUGUUACAUUUAUUGGUUUUAAUUGAUAAGUUUAUUCAUAUUUUUUUAAUAAGAUAAACAAUAUUUAUUUGUUACAUUGAUUGGUUGGAAAGUAAUAAGAGGCAGAAUAUCUACAAAGUGUAGACUCACUAGCCGCCCCGCACCUCCGCGCUCGUCGCACAGAUUUUGUUCGUGGUGUCCUCUCUAUACGUAGUAAUAAUACUCAAUGGUGGAAUGUUGGAAAUUCGCGAAUGUUGUAAUAUUGCAAGUGUAUCAAAUACGGUCACGAUAUCGUUGCGACGUGUUGCGGCCGACCCGACGCUUGCGACACGACGCCAUUCCGUGUUAUGUAAUUGCUUUCGUCUCACAAAGGUGAUUCUCCGACCGACGCCGGCCUCCCUGAUAAAACAACGGCCAUUUUAUAAUUGGCCGGCUGGCUUGGAAAUGUCACGUGUCACGGCCUUUUCACAUUAACAUAAAUUAUUUGAUUUUCAAAGAAAUGAUUGGUUUUUGAAUCUAUUGUAGAUAAAUUUUAAAAGCUGCCCGACGAAAUGUUCUCCAUGUUAUUGUUGCACCUUUGUGGGGAGACGGCUAAUUACCGUGUUCUUCGAUAUUAAGAACAAACGUAUCGAACAAUACUUUCUAAAACGUUUCAAUGCACAAAGAUUUUAAACAUAAAUACGAAUGCCUUAUAUUUUUAAGUACAAACUGAGUACUAUUAAUUGUUGAUUAAAAUUUUAUCUUCGAGUGUAUAUGCUAUAUCGGUUUUAGAUGAGGGUUUCGCGUGUUUUACGAUUGUACUAUUAUUUUGUGAGUAUUCGAGUACGCGGUUAAGGGAAUUUUCUUUAUUGUAUUAUACACAGAUUUUAUAAUCUUGUAUUAAUUUCUUUUAGAUAACUUAUAAUUACUUGUUUACUAAAUACUUAGCUUAUUUUGUGUAAAUAUAAUUUUAUUGCGGUUUAAUAAAUUAUGAAACGAUGUUACCAUACGGUCGGUUCUCAAAUCCAGUGUAGUCGUUUGAUUCUCGUCUUAUUGUUUUAUGAAAUUGCCUUUACAGUCCGUGCUCAAGCAUUUUAUAUUUUAACUCGAUUGAAGUAAUUUUGAAUCCAUCUGUAUUAUGUUUCAUAAUCGAAACGUCGUUAUGUAUUAAUUUUAUUAUUAAAUUCGUAUUCACAAUUUUAAUUUUAAGACAACUGUGCAUACCCGUAGCCUCUCUAUAAAUAAUAAUAAAAAGCUUGCAGUCAGAUAGGCGUUAAUGGUUGUAUAAAAAUAGAUAAUACAUAUCGCGAACACCGGCCAAUUGUGGCUAAAUGUAAUGUGUAUUGUGUUAGUGUGCUCAAAUUUAUUCAAUUUUUACACUAAUAUAAAUGUACACAUUAGUAGCCUACAAUUGACCCGCGUUUGUGACUUUACAUUGUAUAAUAAAAUCCAUAGAACUAGAAAUGUUGUAUAGAAAUAGAACAAAUGUAGGGUAAUUUUAAGUUUCUGUUAUUACAAGUUAUGUUUUUAGCGAAUUUUAUAAAAGACAAUGGAAAUUUCAAAUGCUUAUAUGUAUUAAUAUUGAUUUCUUUAAUAUAACCUUAAAAAAUUUUAAUAAAUAGAUAAAAUUCGCACCUUCCUGACCUUGUGGCGCGUGCUAAAUGGCAGAUUAAUCAACGCGUCAAGGGCUCCGUAAUUAUUCUACUCAUAAAGUGCUAACUCUUGUAAAAUGUUCUAUGACCUUACGAGUAGCGCUGUCGAAAGUUUUCGCUACCUUCUAACAUAUUAUAUUCUAAAUUACGGCAUAUUGUUAAAUUGCAAGGUGAGGUGGCGGAAAUUAAUUAUGUAUAAUAAAUUUAUAUCUAUGUACAUCAACAUCGUAAUUCAAAUUACAUUAUAAUUUUGUAUGAGGCAUU